AUGUGUAUUACCACCUCUGCAAAAGCCUUCCAAAAUUCUCUUAUUUGGAAUACUUUUAAUGAUAACCGGAUUUGCUUACUGGCCUUAUUCAUUUUGCAGAAAUUGCCACAGUAUCCAUUGCCAACACAUAAUGUUGUUGUGAGAGGUGUUAUUCCUACUGAGUUUGAGCUAAAUACUGUUGCAUAUGAUGAAGGGCAUGGUGCCAACUUGAAGAAAGAGCUCUUUCUAGGGGAUGCAAUAUCUGAUCUUCCUCCGGUGGAGAAUAAUGAGAAGAGGGAUGAUAUGGAAUAUGUUGAUAAACCUGGGUCUGAAUUCCAGCAGUUUAUAAGGCUUGGGAGAGAUGGUUUGCCUGGAACGUUGCACGAUCACUGUCCAUUACAAUUAAAUGAUGAUGACUAUCAACGUGUCUGUCACAUUCCGAAAGCCAAGGUAUCAAAAAUUCUUUGAAGUUUUUUGGUAUAGAAGUUUUGUUUUGAUCCUCAAAAAUGCUGAGCCAUUGUGUAUAUUAUGUUAGGGAGCUGCCAGGUGUUAGUGUUGUAGACAAUAAAGUGCACUGGGAUCCAAAUGUAGAGAGGGUAUACUUGAGUUCAGGGAAACCCUUGGUAUGUUUGUUCUUGUGCUUUUCUAUUCACUCACAAGUGAUUCUCUUUUUGAAACAGGGUUUGGGUGUGGAAUGCUUGGUCAGGCUGAAGUGGCAAAUUGGCUCUCUCAGAGCAAGCUUGCUGCCAAAGUAGCUACCUAUUAGGAAAAGUCCUGUUGGAGUUUAUGGUUGUUGGAGUUUAUGGGUGGCUUCCUAUUUCCAAGCAGUUUCCUAUUUCUUUGUUUUUUCAGCGUUCUCUCCAUCUCAAACACUUCAUGCCAAGCUGCCUUUUGCCGGAAAGACGUCAAAUUUCAGGUUAAUGCCUGGCCUAAAGUAGGAUUUGGGUGGUAAAAAAGUUGCAGCCAUGAAGCCGAGUCACUGCUUUAUUCCAUUGUAAGUUUGCU